UUUGUUGUUUGUUAGCUAAACCUCCAAGUAGCUCAGCUUGGUUUAAGAUCAGGUCAUACGGCGAUGUUAGAUAUUCUUAAAAGGAUUACAUAGCUAGGGAUAUUUGGCAGUUUUGUAAGUACUGAGUUACAUCCGGGGUUGUUUUUCAGUAAAGGUCAAUCUUAACGCUACCGUGAUAUCGAUUCACUACUUGACAAACAGUAACGUUAACGAUAAUGAAAACAUGAAAAAGGGUCAAACUGUAGCUUCUUUAAGCGAUUAUUGGCACAUCCACUAGUUCUUCAGACUUGAUCAAACUGGUCCGAUUUGUUUUCGCUGACUGAUGUCUCUCUGCGGGACAGGCGAACGUGGUUCACUGUGAACUCUUCAUCUUUGAGGCUGCAAAGAGCCGACUCAGCCUCAAAAAUCAAGAAGCUUGUUUCUGUCGCCAGUCUUUCUCGGUGAAAAAUGUCAGCUAUGGAGACCACUCAGGUGACUUUGGCUGUCAGAGGAGAAACAUCCCCAGGGCAAGUGAUUGCAGUUGUUGGUAACUGUGAAGCCCUGGGGAGCUGGAACCAUCAAAGAGCUGUGUCCUUACACCCUCAUGGGAGUGAUGGAAAUACAUGGACCACAACAAUCACUGUACCAAAAGGAGUUGUUUCCAACUACCGCUAUUUCAAAGGCUUUAUUCUGGAUUCAAAGAGUGCAGGUGGUCCCUGUCAAGUGAUAGUCAAUAUGUGGGAGACCCAUCAUCAGCCCCGCACGAUGAGCCCCACAGCAUCACACCAGAAUAUCAAUGAUGGACAAUUUGGAUUUCGCAAUGGGGAGUUUUGUGUUGACUCUGGGUUUCUGACGUGCCAGACAGAGAUUCGCCUGCGUCUGCACCAUUCUAGGGUGUCGCCAGUGUCCAUGACAAAGAAGAAAUUUAAGAAGUCACGCUUCAGAAUCAAGCUGACAUUAGAGGGUGUUGAGGAGGAGGAAGACGAGGAGGACGGGCACAGUCCUUCACCUUGGCACAAGAUGGCCACCACUCUGGAGACCAGUAUGAUCAGUGCCAAUGGCUAUAAGUCACGCCACUCGCAGCCAGAAUGUGGGUAUGCAUUGGAGCCCUCCCAGUGGAUGGAGUACAUUAUCCACACCAUGGACCCAGAUAACCUAGAGCUAACGUUUGAGUUCUUUGAGGAGGAUCUGAGUGAGCAUGUAGUCCAGGGGGAUACUUAUGAUGGGCAGGUGGGCACAGCUUGCCUCCUCUCCUCUUCUUUUUUGGAGAUCGGUAAGGACAACGGAGUAGCCACACUUCCAAUAAUGGGUCGAAAUUCCAGACAGACCAUCGGGAAGGUCAGAGUGGAUUACCUGGUGAUCCGGCCCAUUCAGGGGAUGCAGUGUGACAUGAGCUCCUCAUUCAGCAAGUACUGGAAGAAAAGAGGUGCUCUGGACGUGGGUCACAGAGGAGCAGGCAGCACACACGCAGCCAAGCACCACAGAGUCAGGGAAAAUACAAUAGCCUCAUUUAAAAGCGCUGCUCAGCAUGGUGCAGCCUAUGUAGAGUUUGAUGUUCACCUCUCCAAGGAUGCUGUUCCCAUUGUAUACCACGAUCUGACGUGCUGCAUCUCAACCAAAAAGAAAAAUGACCAGACUUCUCUGGAACUCAUUGAGGUGCCAGUCAAAGACUUGACAUUUGAUCAGCUGCAGCUUCUGAAGCUUGCCCAUGCCACUGCAUUAAAAGGCCACGAUGUCAAAGAUCUGCUGGAUGAUGAAGAGGAAAUCGAUGAGCAUCAGCCGUUCCCCUCACUCUCACAGAUCUUCCAAGCUAUUCCUGAGCAUGUGGGCUUCAACAUUGAGCUCAAAUGGAUCUGUCAGAUGAAGGACGGGUCAUGGGACGGCAACCUAUCAUCCUACUUCAACAUGAAUACCUUCCUCGAUGUCAUCCUGUCCUGUGUUCUGCAGAAAGGCGGGAAAAGACGCAUUGUCUUCUCCUGCUUCGACCCGGACGUCUGCAGCAUGGUGCGUCAAAAGCAGAACAAGUACCCCAUCCUCUUUCUGACUCAGGGAAUUUCUGAGCGGUAUCCUGAGAUGAUGGACAUCCGCUGCCAAACCACUCAGAUCGCCAUAAGUUUCGCCCAGAGUGAGAAUAUUCUGGGGAUCAGUGCCCACACUGAAGAGCUGCUGAAGAACCUUAACUACAUCAGGGAUGCCAAGGCUAAAGGCCUGGUGGUGUUCAGCUGGGGAGAGGACAACAACGACCAUGAGACGAGAAGGAUGCUGAGAGAGCAGGGAAUUGAUGGGCUCAUCUACGAUAGUAUCUGUGAGGCCCAAGGGGAGGAGCCAAACAUCUUCCAGGUAGAGGAGCAACACUCCCUGCAGGAGGUUAUCACAGAGGAGACCCUAAACAGCCCCAGCUGUUCCUGCUACUCCAUUCCCUGCUCCAUGGCUCCCUGCGAGGCCCGGACAGGCAACGCUGAGUAUGACUCUGGCCUCGGCUCUUCAUAAACGUCUACCUCGCUGCACAUACAAACUUAAGAGGACACUGGUGGGAAUGAAUGAAUAAACAAAAACAUAGCUUACAGUAGGUUUUCCCCCUUCAUACAUGAUCAAGUGUAAAACCACUUAAACCGUCUCUACUCCAGCAUACUUGAUUACAGAUGUUUUUCCUUUUGUAUGAUUCUUUACAAACGUUUUGUUGAAAUGUUUUGCCAAACAUUAAAGCAGCCAUGUACAUGAACAGGGAUCAGAGCGGGUCUUCAUAAUAGUGGAACAAUAUAAAAAUUGGAAGAUGCUUCACAUGGGAUAUUUAGCCAAUAUGUUGCAUCUCUUCAUAGUCUUAAGUGCUAAGCUUUUAAUGUAUAUAUUUCACAAGUGUAACAUCACUGCAAAUUGUAUGUCAUAAACUUUAUGAUGAUGCAUGUAUCCAUUACCGUAACGGUUAUUUUCAUUGUCUGAAAUUGCAAUGAGUAAUAGCUACAGAAUUUCAGGUAAGUGGGUGAAAUUGAUGAAUGUUUUAUUUGCGACAGUGCACAUACAUACCACUGUCUUAAGCAGGAAAUAAUAAUUGUUUGUAUCUUGCCUUUUGUUUUAAAAUCGCCAAUACCUCACUCAUGUAUUAGAGUACACAAGUGUUGAAAUGUCUGUAAAGAAUGAUUAAAUUCCUAUACUGCCUUCCUACAAAUCCUAUUUAACGUCACAACACCCAUGCUUUUUAUUGCAUGGCAGAUUAUUUUUUGGGCACUAAUUGCACUUGAAGCAAUUAAUCAUUUGAAUAUUAAAGUGUGCAUUAGUAUAAUUCAGUGAAAAUGCUGCAUUUUGAACACAGCAAAACAAAUCAGUUAUAGUGUACUGUCUGUAUAUCUGUCUCACUGCACAUGUCAUCUCUUGACGUCAAACUCUUACGAUUGAGCCAUGCAUGGUCUGUAUAUUUGUAUGAAUGAGUCUAAGGUGUAAAUUUAUCUGCCAUUUCAGGACAGAAGAGUGUAAAUAAAAUCCAAAUCUAUA